CACGCGCUUGCUGAUUAGUCGUGCUCAUGUAAUUAAACAAAUAUCGCAAAUGUUAAACUAUUAUACACAUAUAAAUUUCUGUAUAUACAAAACAAACGAAGAAGACGAAUCUCUCAGUUUCGUCGUUCGUUUCGAAGUUGUGCGUUGGUGAAAUUUGAAAUCUGAAUACACUCAUUGCAAACCUUAGAAGAAGAAGAAGAAGAAGAAGAAGAAGCUUCCAUAGAUUCCGUUGGGCUUUUACUGUGUUUGAUUGAUCGGAUCGAUUGCGAUUACGGAGAAGAUAUGGCUCAGGCUGUAGAAGAAUGGUAUAAACAGAUGCCGAUUAUCACUCGCUCUUAUCUCACGGCGGCUGUUAUCACCACCGUCGGAUGUUCCCUCGAUAUCAUAUCUCCAUAUAACCUUUAUUUGAAUCCGACACUUGUGGUGAAGCAAUACCAAUAUUGGCGUCUCGUUACUAAUUUCUUGUAUUUCCGGAAGAUGGAUUUGGACUUCAUGUUCCAUAUGUUCUUUCUCGCACGAUACUGCAAACUCCUUGAAGAAAACUCAUUCAGGGGAAAGACUGCUGAUUUCCUAUACAUGCUCCUAUUUGGAGCAUCUGUUUUAACCGGUAUUGUACUUAUCGGUGGAAUGAUACCAUACUUGUCAGCAUCAUUUGCUAAAAUCAUCUUCCUCAGCAACUCAUUAACUUUCAUGAUGGUCUAUGUAUGGAGCAAACAAAAUCCUUAUAUUCACAUGAGUUUCCUUGGUCUGUUCACCUUCACAGCAGCUUACCUACCAUGGGUGCUUCUUGGCUUCUCUAUCCUUGUUGGUGCCAGUGCUUGGGUGGAUCUUUUGGGUAUGAUAGCAGGUCACGCUUACUACUUUCUGGCUGAGGUUUAUCCGCGAAUGACUAAUCGUCGUCCAUUAAAGACUCCAUCAUUCCUCAAAGCGUUAUUUGCAGAUGAACCAGUUGUGGUUGCACGGCCAGAAGAUGUGAGGUUUGCUGCUGCGCCUUUCGAUGAAAUCCACCAAGACUGAUUCUGUCAUCUUACAUUUCCCAAACCUAAACACCCGAAUCAGUAGUUUGGCUUGUGGAUCAGAUAUAAAUGGUGCAAAGGCAGAUGAUACACAAAAGUCUAUUUUGACUCUGACACGUAGUUGCGACCCACACACCCUAGUUUCUAGUAGUUGGGUGUGUUUUGGUUCCUUCUCUUUCCUCCCAUCUCUUCAUCUUUUUGUGUAUACAAACAUCGUUUGCUUUUAGUGGUUAUUGAUAUGAACACACUCAAUUUGUACACAACCUCUACUAGUGUCGCAAUGUUUUAGCGAGGGAACAUGUUUUGAAUUCACUGCCCGACUCAGAUAUCAGAAGAAAUGUACUUUUGUUCAGAUAUCAGAA